AUGACCUUCACAAGGUCGUGGAGAGUGGCCUCCCGAGGACGGACCCUCCAGCCCACACACAUGGCCUGCUACGACCUCUGCCGCCCCUGCGGACCCACCCCGCUGGCUAACAGCUGCAACGAGCCCUGUGUCAGGCAGUGCGAGGAGUCCCGCGUCGUCAUCCAGCCUCCCGCCGUGAUGGUCACCCUGCCAGGACCCAUCCUCAGCUCCUUCCCCCAGAGCACCGCCGUCGGCUCCUCCUCUUCGGCUGCCGUGGGCAACGUCCUCGGCUCCCAGGGAGUGCCCGUCUCUUCCGGCCGCUUCGGCUACGGCUACGGCUUUGGAGGCCUGGGCUGCUACGGCGGCGGAAGGGGCUGCUACCCCUGCUAA